AGAACCAUAUAAAAAUUUAUGGAAUAGUCUGGAACUUAGUAAGUGUGAUUAUGGUUGUGAGUGUGGAUGCAUCAACCAUUAAUGGAAUGGUAAAUCAGUGCGAAGAAAUUACGAUCCCCAUGUGUAAGGAAAUUGGUUACAAUAUAACCUCUAUGCCUAACCAAUUUUAUCAUCAAACUCAAAAGGAAGCAGGUUUAGAGGUUCAUCAGUUUUGGCCAUUGGUUGAGAUUCGAUGUUCCGAAGACUUGCGUUUUUUCCUUUGUUCCAUGUACACACCUAUCUGUAUGCCAGAUUAUCAAGAUUCCAUUCCCGCAUGUCGUUCUGUUUGUCAGAGGGCACGGUUUGGAUGUGCUCCUAUUAUGAAACAAUAUGGGUUUGCGUGGCCUGAGAGAAUGAAUUGUGAAAAUUUGCCUGAGUAUGGGGAUCCGAGAAACUUGUGUAUGGAUGAACGAGAGGGUGCUGGAGCUCAAAAUUUGGGGUUUGAUACUGAUAAACAAAAUCCAUCCCGGUCCUUGGAAGAUAAACACCACCCGAGUGGGCAGCAAAACGUUAACGAUAAGUUUCCAAGUACUGGGAUAGUCUUAAAACAUAAUCCAGGCUUGAAUCAUGAUUCCGUUUGUGACUGUCGUUGUCGUUACCCUAUGAUUACGCUAACAGAAGAGAGUAGGUAUUACAACAAAGUUGAAAGUGGUAAUGUACCUAACUGUGCUGUGCCUUGCCAUGGUCUGUUCCAUACAGAAAGUAAACAUGGUUUUGCAACUUUAUGGCUAGGGGUAUGGGCAGUUCUGUGUUGUGUAUCCACGACAAUAACAGUAACAACAUUUGUGGUUGACAGAGAUCGCUUCCGCUAUCCAGAACGUCCAAUAAUAUUUUUAUCGGGCUGUUACCUAAUGAUUUCUAUCGGUUAUUUGAUUAGGAUAGGGCUGGGACACGAAGCUGUAGCGUGUGACGGAUCUCUUAUUCGAUAUCAAAAUUCGGAAAAGUCGGCUACUUGCACAAUAGUAUUUCUACUUAUUUAUUUCUUCGGAAUGGCUAGUUCCCUCUGGUGGGUGAUGCUAGCCCUAACAUGGCUGCUUGCAGCAGGAAUGAAAUGGGGAAACGAGGCUAUUGCCGACUGUUCCCUUUAUUUUCACUUGGCAGCGUGGGCGAUCCCUGCCCUUAAAACAGUAUUAAUUUUGUCUAUGGAUGGAAUAGAUGGCGACCCAGUAGCUGGCAUUUGUUACGUUGGAAACCAAAACAUUGAUCUUCUAAGAGGAUUUGUUCUUAUACCGUUAUGUCUAUACCUUCUUUUGGGUACGUCUUUCCUUCUAGGCGGGUUUGUGGAGCUCUUUCGGAUACGAACCGUGAUCAGACAACAAGCAAGAGACAGUGUAGACAAACUGGAGAAACUAAUGAUUCGAAUUGGCGUGUUUUCUGUUUUGUACACAGUGCCCGCUACCUCAGUCAUCGGCUGUUAUGUUUACGAACAUGUCUCUAGGGACGAGUGGGAAAGAAAACACAACUGCCCUUGUAGCAUCCCUGAUGUCAAACCGGAUUACUCUGUUUUCAUGCUUAAAUACUUUAUGUUUCUUGUUAUUGGUCUUACAUCGGGGUUUUGGAUCUGGUCUGAGAAGACACUCAGUUCUUGGAAGAUAUUUUUGGUUAAGCUGUGUAGGAUUAGGAGUGGUACAGAUCGGUAUAAGAAGGAUAAGGUCAACAUAACUCAGAAAGAUCCAUUAGCAUCUACUUCAAACAUGAAACAGUCGACAUUGGCCCAUAUUUAAGGUGUAUCCCGCAAAGCAACAACUUGCUACGAAAGUAUCAAAUCUGAAACCAAUUAUAAGGCAGAGAGUUUCGAAAAUGAAUUUUUUU